AAAGGGCUCAAAACUUGCCAUUUUCUCAAGUAUUCGGGAGCAGUUAGAGAUUCUUCUUCGGAUGGUGUUUUGACAGAUAGGUCAUUUUGUGCUGUGCAUGGUGAUGGUCUUCUCUGAUUCAAAUUCCACACACUGCCUCCUCUCUCCAAUCUGAGUUAGGGUUGUGAUUGGGUCAUCUCUCUUCUCUGACCCACUAGCAGCAAGUGCAACUUUGAGAGUGGAACGGUCAAUAGAAGCUGUAGAACUGUGGUGGCGCAACCAGCUGCCAUUAUCUGCAAUUUUGGCAGUGAAAACUGCUGCUCCAGUCGUGACGGCCAGCUACGUGAGGAAGCAACAUAUUAAGAGCUGAGCCUGAGACGACUGGGAAAACAUGGAAUGCAACAAAGAUGAGGCUGCCAGGGCCAAAGAAAUAGCAGAGAGGAAAUUUACUGAAAGGGAAUAUGCUGGUGCAAAAAAGUUUGCUCUCAAGGCUCUAAAUUUGUUUCCUGCACUGGAGGGUCUUUCCCAGUUGCUAACAACACUUGAUGUUUAUAUCUGUGCCGAGAAUAAAAUACAUGGAGAAAUGGAUUGGUAUGGUAUACUUGGAGUGUAUCCAUAUGCUGAUGAAGAGACGGUUAGGAAGCAGUACAGAAAGCUGGCUCUAAAUCUUCACCCUGAUAAAAACAAGUCUCCAGGUGCAGAAGGUGCAUUCAAGCUUGUUUCAGAGGCAUGGAGUUUACUAUCAGAUAAGGUCAAAAGACUAGCAUAUAACCAGAACAGGAGAUUGGAAGGAUUUCAGCAUAAUGCUCCCAACCAUGUCGGGACUCAAUCAAAAGCACCCAGUUCAAAUGGUUAUAAAAAACAUAACAAGAAUGCUACUUCAAGCAUUAGAACUGGAAAUAAUGAUGCUCGGGCACAUCCACAUCCACCCUCCAUUCCUCCUCCACAUACAAAUGUUGGUACCUUUUGGACUAUCUGUAAUAAAUGCAAGACACAUUAUGAGUAUCUCAGGACAUAUUUGAAUCAAACCCUUUUAUGUCCCAAUUGCAAACAAGCUUUUGUGGCUAUAGAGAAGGGUCCCCCUCCCAACGUUUUUAAGUCAUCUAGUUGGUCUUCUCGGCAACAUCAUCAGAAGUCUUCUCGGCAACAUCCCAAUGUUGGAAGGAAUCACCCUGUGAAUCCAGGAAGAACUGUUGCAGUUUCUCAAAAUUUACAAUCCAGCGGUCCUAUAGGCAUAUCUUCUUUUGAUAACACAAAUUUCCAGUUUGGUCCUCACUCCAAAAUGGCUGGCUUUGUUAAAAAAGAUGGAUCAUCUUCUGUUUCUGCUGCAGAUGUUAAGCAGCUGUCAAGUGAGACAAGAAGAGAAUCAAUUGCUGCAUGGGAGAGGAGUCAUUUGCAUAAGAGGUCUGAUGGUCCUUUUAGUAAUGCCAAAAAACCUAUGAAGAAAAUAAGGACAGAUGAUAUUUACAUGUACAAUACAAAUCAUAUGACCAUGAGAGAUGGAUCAAGCAGUUUGGGCAAUUUUAAUGAAUCAGGAAAAGCUAACAUGGGAACAGAAAGGAUUCAUGUUUUUUCAGGUACUCGUAAGCAUUACAGCACAAAAGAGUUGUCGUUGUUUGAAUUACGAAAUAUGUUGAUUUAUAAGGCUCAGACUGAAAUUUUCAAGAAACUUCAAGAGUGGAGAUCAAUGGCUGAAGCUAAGAUUACAAAAAAGGACAAAGGAAACAAGAGAAAGAAAAGCACAUUCAAUGACAAAACAACUGGUCCAGAGAAAGGUUCCACUAUUAAUGGUAACAGGCAUGUGGACAGUGAUUCUAUCCCAGUCAAAUCUGAUGAUACUGAAAAGGAAAAGGCAGCCUAUGUUACAAUCAACGUUCCAGAUCCCGAUUUUCACAAUUUUGACUUGGACAGAACUGAAAAUUCUUUUGCGGAGGACCAGGUCUGGGCAGCUUAUGAUGAUGAUGAUGGAAUGCCUCGCUAUUAUGCUAGAAUUCACAAGGUGGUUUCCACAAAGCCAUUUAGAAUGCGAAUCAGUUGGCUUAACUCUCGAAGCAACAGUGAAUUGGGCCCAAUAGAUUGGGUAGGUUCUGGUUUUUACAAAACCUGUGGGGAUUUCAGGACUGGCAAGCAUGAAAUAACUGAAUCGUUAAAUUCCUUUUCACACAAGGUAAGGUGGACAAAAGGCACCAGAGGAGUUGUUCGCAUCUUUCCUAGGAAGGGGGAAGUCUGGGCUCUCUAUAGAAACUGGUCUCCUGAUUGGAAUGAAAAUACUCUAGAUGAAGUGAUACACAAGUAUGAUAUGGUGGAAGUGCUUGAAGAUUUCAAUGAAGAGGAAGGUUUAUUGGUCUCACCACUUGUUAAAGUUGAUGCUUUUAGGACAGUGUUUCACAGGCACAGCCAUGAUCAGGGAAGAAAGAUUCCUAAAGUGGAGAUAUUUCGAUUCUCUCAUCAGGUUCCUAAUUACUUGCUUACCGGGCAAGAAGCUCAUAAUGCUCCAAAGGGCUGUCGAGAGUUGGAUCCAGCAGCUACUCCUUUAGACCUUCAGACAACAACUGAAGAGGUGUUGAAUAAUGUCGGAAAAUCGAAGGAAGACACGUUCCCCGGGUCACCUGAAAACCAUGAUGCUGGUAAAGGGAAGAAUGCUUCUAAACAUAAUAUAGAAGCUAUAUUAGACGAGGAUGGUAAACAGGUUAAGUAUGAUAGAUGACCCUGCACAGUAUAGAAAAGUAAUGUGACUGAUAAUGCAAAUAGGCUCAAGAAAUUAAAUUCAAGAUUUGUGAAAAUAUAGUAUCAUAGGUUACGCUACAUUUUGUAAGCCUGACCCCAACAAUUUAAUAGUGCUUUCUGGUCUCAUAAUUGGAUGGAGGGGAUUAACAACAUUUGGGUUUUUCUGUAUAAUUUUGAGACUUGUUAUUCGUAUAGUUAUCAGUAUACUCAACAGUCAAACGAAGUUUUCAUCUUUGACAAGCUAAAUGAGUAGACUAUUGUUGCAAUUUCUUUUGC